GGAUCGUCCGGUGAAGCGUUUCUGGCGUCCUGGCGCGGCGCGCGCGUGGUGGUGAAGACCAUGAAACUAUUACACGACGAUGACGCCGCGAGAAGGGCGCUGGCGCGAAGAGCGUUCGUGAGAGAGUGCGAAAUCAUGGCGAGGCUGAGACACCCAAACGUGUUGGCGUUUUACGGGGCGAACGCGAACGGGAGAGACGCGAGCGUGGUGUGCGAGUACGCCCCGGGCGGGACGCUGAAGCAGUGGUUGCACGAAAAUAAAGGGAAGAAACGGUCGCUAAGCGCGCGGUUGGGGAUGGCGUUGGAUAUCGCGAGAGCGUUCGCGUAUUUGGAGUCGCGAACGCCUCGCGUGAUGCAUCGAGAUUUGAAACCGAGCAACGUGUUCGUGAGCGUCGAUGGACGAGCGCUCGUGGCGGAUUUCGGGUUGGCACGAUUUGUUGCGCCAAGAGGAGAAGAUCUCACAGGAGAGACCGGGACGUACAUAUACAUGGCGCCGGAGGUGAUUAAGAGUCAACAUUACGACGAACGCGCUGACGUGUUCUCGUAUGGGAUUUUACUUUACGAGCUGGUCACGGGAAUAGAACCGUACCAACCGCAUCAUUUCACGGGGAUUCAAAUCGCAACGGCCGUCGCAGAUCGCGCGUUUCGGCCGAAGAUUCCGGAUUCCACGCACGCCGGAUUAACAGCCAUCAUUGAGAUGUGUUGGCAACAAGACGCAAGCAAUCGGCCGUCAUUCGAACGUGUUCGUGAAUCGAUGGAAACCAUGGUUCCGGACAUUCUCAAA